AUGGGGUAUGGGGGUGAUCAGGACGCUGGUAUGGGGAUAUGGGGGUGAUCAGGGUGCUGGUAUGGGGUAUGGUGAUGAUCAGGACGCUGGUAUGGGGUAUGGUGGUGAUCAGGACACUGGUAUGGGGUAUGGUGGUGAUCAGGACGCUGGUAUGGGGAUAUGGUGGUGAUCAGGACGCUGGUAUGGGGUAUGGUGGUGAUCAGGACGCUGGUAUGGGGUAUGGUGGUGAUCAGGACGCUGGUAUGGGGUAUGGUGGUGAUCAGGACGCUGGUAUGGGGUAUGGUGGUGAUCAGGACGCUGGUAUG